CUCCACACUGCUGCAGGAGGCCGGGCUUAUUCGCUUUAUUCUUUUUAUAUCUCCUCCCCCUCCCUCCCUCGCUCAUUCUCUCCUUCCCGUUCUCUCUUUUCAUCGCUUGUACAAGAUGGUCAGGUACAUCCGCACUGAGAGCCAUCAUGGACAGAAAAAUGGACGACUUCAGCGCGACCAAAAACGACAGAUCCGGUGGUGCGCCUUUUUGGGGUGAGGCUACACCUUAACCUGUGUACAAGAGAACAACAGAGAUAGAUAGUGAGAGAGAGAAGGGAAAGAAGAGGAGACAGAGUGCAGGGAAAGAGUGAAAGACGGAAAGAAAGAUCUAGAACGUAAGAAAAACAGACAGGGUGUAUGAGAGAAAGGGUGAGACAGUGACAGAAAAGGAAGGAGAGUAGAAAAAAGACAAAGAUAGAGGAAGAGUGAGAGGGGGAGUGAGAGAAAGCGUGAGAAAGAGAGCUUAAGAGAGUGCAGGGAGAGAUGGAGGGCUCUUCUCCAUCAGUGGAGGAGAGAAGAGGGGAGGUGUCCAGGUCUUCGGGGGGUAACGGGUCCCUCUCCCCACCAACCCUGAGCCCCGCCGUGCCACCCUACGUAAAGCUGGGCCUGACGGUGGCCUACACGGCCUUUUACUCACUCCUCUUUGCCUUCGUCUACGCCCAGCUGUGGCUGGUGCUGCGAUACCGGCACAAGCGCUUCAGCUACCAGACAGCCUUCCUGUUCCUGUGUCUGCUGUGGGCCGCCCUACGCGCCCUGCUCUUCUCCUUCUACUUCCGAGACUGCGUGACAGCCAAUGCGCUCGGCCCCUUCUCCUUCUGGCUGCUCUACUGCUUCCCCGUCUGUCUGCAGUUCUUUACACUGAGCCUGAUGAACCUCUACUGCGCACAGGUUUUCUUCAAGGCUAAGUCGAAGUAUUCUCCUCACCUCCUCAAGUACAAGUUCCCUCUGUACCUGCUCUUCGUAGGUGUGAGUCUGCUGUUCCUGCUGGUCAAUCUGGCCUGUGCACUGCUGGUUAAAAUGACAGACACGCAGGUGAAGACCAUUGUGCUGGUGCGGGUCACCAUUAAUGACUCGCUCUUCGUCCUUUGUGCCAUCUCUCUCUCCAUCUGUCUAUACAAGGUGGCCAAGAUGUCCCUGGCCAGCAUCUAUCUGGAGUCUAAGGGUACUUCGGUGUGUCAGGUGACCCUGAUUGGCAUAAUGGUGAUUCUCUUGUAUGCGUCCAGAGCCUGCUACAACCUCGUCGUUCUGGCUUUAACAGACAUCGAGACCAUUAACUCCUUUGAUUAUGACUGGUACAAUGUGUCUGACCAGGCUGACCUGAGGUCCAGUCUGGGUGAUGCAGGCUAUGUUGUAUUUGGGAUCAUUCUCUUUGUGUGGGAACUACUUCCCACUUCCCUGGUGGUCUUCUUCUUCAGGGUUCGCAAGCCAGCACAGGACAGGAGUGCAUCUGCCAUCCCCAGUCACGUCUUCUCCACCAAGCGUUACUUCUUUGACAAUCCCAGACGUUAUGACAGUGAUGAUGAUCUUGCCUGGGGCUCACAUCCCCAGAGCUCUUCUACAAGUUUGUCCACAGACUGCUAUGACUGGGGGAGCCGAAGCAGCAGCUUCCUUGUGCAUCUGGGAGGAGACAAUCAACGGUCAUCCCCAGUGACCCCAGGGCUAAAUCGCUAACACCUGGCCCACAUAGAAUUAUAUGUGUAAAUUAGCUAUGUGAUUGCACCGCACUUUAAUGUCCGCAACGUCUGCAUAUGCUCACACGGUCAGCUACUCUAAAUGUGUCAGUCAGCUAACACUACUGAAAGGACAGCCGCAGCCGGGGAGGAAAUCAUGCACAGUGAGUUUCCAUGGCAAUCCCUGCUAAGAGAUGCAUCAGUUACCAUGGUAAUCCCAGUUAAGUGAUUUAUGAGCUACUAUGGUAAUCCUGGCCAAAAGAUACACCAGUUACCAUGGUAAUCCAUCUGAGAGAUGCAUGAGUUACCAUGGUAAUUCUAUCAAAAUAAUGUAGUCAUCACCAGGUAAUUAAGUGAUGCAUGAGUUACUAUGCUAAAGCAGGUUAAUCGAGGCAUAAAUUACCAUGGUAAAGACAGCACUACAAUCCAACAGUUGCCAUGGCAAUCCCAGUUAUAUUAUACGUUUCUUAUCUUGAUCUUUGCUGAGUAAUGCAUAAAUUACCAUGCUAAUCAUAUCAACCCCUUUCAUGAGUUGCCAUGACAAUCCUAGCUAAGAGAUGCAUCAGUUACCAUGGUAAUCCAUCUGAGAGAUGCAUGAGUUACCAUGGGAACCCUACCAAAAUGUAGCCAUUACCAUGGUGAUUACAGUUAAGUGAUGCACAAGUUACUAUGGUAAUCCAUGCCAGUUAAAACAUACAUGAGUUACCAUGGUAAUCCCAUGUAAUGGAUGCAUCAGUUACCAUGGCAAUCCCAGAUGUGUGAUGCAGCUGUUACCAUGGUAAUUCCAGUGAAGUGAUGCAGCUGUUACCAUGGUAAUUCCAGCGAAGUGAUACAGAAAUUACUCUUAUAAUCCCAACUGAGUAGCAGGAGUUUCCAUGGUAAUGGGGCAGGGCUGGAUUUUCUGAAGACCUUAAAAAGGAGUGCUGUAGGCUGCACUGUAGCAUCACAGACAUGUAAUAAAGGCAAAACAAAUGGCUAAGUAGUGUAAAAGGUACACUAAUCAAGAUUUUAACAUUUGCAAUUAUUGAAAUAUUUAACAAAAUAACAUUAAAACAUUUAAUAUUUACAUUAAAUAUGUAACCAUAUAUCCCAUAUUGAUUUUGCAGAAGAAUAUCGUAAAAGUCAAAUAAUACCCCAUAAUAAAUUCUAAUACCCCAGUACUCAUUUGAUUUAAACAUGUGGGGGGAUCUUAAUUAGAGUACCUCUAACACUGAUGAGCACUAACAACUUAAUGUACAAUCAAGUCUAGUCAGCAUCAUAUUAGUUCAUGGUAGUGAAAAUAAGGACCAUAAAAUAAGCUAUUAUGUACAGCAUGAAUGUGUUCUUUGCUUUUGAGUAUUUGUAUUUUUAAAAAUCCUACUAUGUUUGUGAGAAAGUAAGUACUGUUACGGUUCCUGUUUAUUUAUUCCCCCAAACCAUUGAUUACAGUAUUUCAUGCCUUUCGUUUAUGAUCAGUAAAGUGUCUCUUUUUGUGAAAUUCAGUCACAUGAUUGUUGGUGGCUUGAGAAUAUUUUGUUGAUCACACAGAUUGUGACAGUUCACCAAUAAAGAAAUAAUGUUUGAAAAGAA